AUGUCGCUGUAUAGCCCAAUGGAAAAGCAGCAAGCUCUCAAGGUGCUGGUGGAUAAGAACCUCACCAUCACGCACACCAUCAUCGGCAUCUCCAUUGCCAAGGACUCCACCGUCGGUCCCGCUUCCGGGAAUGGCGUGGCAUCGGGGCCGUCCAAUGAUCUCAAGGAGAUCUACUGCGAGGGGUCGUACACGCUGAUCGACCGUGCGACACAGACGAUCAAGGCCAAGGGGAACUAUAUUGCCACGUGGACGCCAUCGUCGCCGUUCGUUGGCGAUAUGAAAAACGACAUUGAUUACGUUG